CGGCUCAACGAGACCAAUGGGAUGGUGUUCGUGAAGGGUACGAAUACGCGCGGGUGCAGGCUGUAUUUCGACAAGCCUAUCACGUACUACAAGAUACACGAUGUCGUCGACGCGGGUGCGCCUGGGACCAAACGCGACCGGGGAGUUCCUCCCGGAUACGAGAUGCCGAAAGAAGGGAUCAGGGACCUCAAGCUAUGGAGCCGAGAGUGGGAGAGGGGCUUCCUGGUUGAGGUGGGCUGGAAUGCCGACUCGGAGGAUGGCUUCAUGGAUGACACGAUGGGAGGGCGUGCGGCGUGCGAGUGGCGGAACGGUCAGGGUCAGGGUGGACUCAUUCCUGCACUGGAAGAAGUGAAGGCGUUCCUGCCGCUGUGGGCGCAGCCGACUAAGACGACGGACGGUUUGGUGGAGGCCUGGAUGAGGUUCUCAAUUUGA